GAAGCGAGCAGAGAAUUGUGCAGAUCUUGGUGGUAGGAAUUUUGCGGUUCUAAUCGCGUCGUGUGGCGUCGUUCCGCCCGCCAGGGCAGCGGAGUUCAUGUGCGUGGGGCUUUUCCUUCGUCGUUUCGCUCGCUAAUGAUGGCAGGAUAUUAACAUUUAUGCAGGGAAGCAGAACAAAAGGGCUCUUUAGACAGGAAAUAAGGUGCUGAGAGAGGCUCAAACUUGACCGAGUUUCUUUUGUCAUCUGUCGGCUUGCACCGAGUGUUCUGGCGUGGAAGAAUCGAGUGGUUCCACAUUAUCUUAUGGAGAAAUGUUAAUUCUAAAAUAGCGAGGAUAAUGCUGCUGUUUUGGAGUUACACAAUGUUACAGGAAGAGAGCUCGAUUUUAACUCUAACUUCCCUGAUUCUGAUGAGAUUGGAGGUUUAUAGAAGAAGGGAAAAUGGCUCAAGAAACGAACCGUAGCCAAGUGCCUAUGCUUUGUUCCACUGGCUGCGGAUUUUACGGGAAUCCUCGCACAAAUGGCAUGUGUUCAGUGUGCUACAAAGAACAUCUUCAAAGGCAGAACAGUAAUGGUAGAAUUAGCCCUCCUGCAGCCUCUGUCAGUAGUAUAACCGAGUCCUUACCGGUUCAGUGCACAGAAGGCAGCACCCAGGAAACUCAGUCCACUUUAGAUUCUACAUCGACUCCAUCUAUGCAGCCAAGCCCAGUGUCAAGUCAGUCACUUUUAACAGAAUCUGUAGCAUCAUCCCAACCGGAUAGUACGACUGUGGACAAAACAGUACCUGAGACAGAAGAAUUGCAAGCUUCAGUGUCAGAGAAUGCAGAGCCUACACCUGAAGAACAAGACAAGUCACUUGACAAACCAAAACAGAAAAAGAAUCGUUGUUUCAUGUGCAGGAAGAAGGUUGGACUUACUGGGUUCGAAUGUCGGUGUGGGAACGUUUACUGUGGAAUGCACCGUUACUCAGAUGUACACAGUUGCUCUUACAAUUACAAAGCUGAUGCUGCUGAGAAGAUCAGAAAAGAGAAUCCUGUAGUUGUUGGGGAAAAGAUCCAGAAGAUCUGAACUGCUGCUUCUGCUGGAAUACAAAAAUCAUUUGACCAUCUGCAGAUUAAAUUGACUUGAGCUUUUUUCCUUAGUCAUCAGGAACGUAGAGCAGUGUAUCUUGCCUAGACCUUUUAAUCAUGCAUGUCAUCAGAUGAAUAGAUUUUUUUGUUUUCGUUUUUUUUUUUUGUUGUUUUGAAAAUGACUCUGAACAUUAUUUUCAUUGCAGUUUUCUGUGGCUGAAGACUUAAGUAAACUUUACCAAUAUUAUCCUUUAAGAUCAUUUUAAUUUUAGUUGAGUGCAGAGGGCUUUUAUAACAAACGUGGAGAAAAUAUUGGAGGGCUGUGCUUUUCCAGGAUAAAACAUGCAUGCGUUAACUUUGCAGUUUAUUUUCUUGUUGUAUAUAGCUUUUCUCUGCAGCACAAUUUCUUUUUUUUUUUUUUUUUUUUGAUAAUGCCUUGUAUGGCACAACUAGUUAUCAGUAACUGAAUGUAUUUUAAUCAUUAUGGCUGCUUCUGGUUUUUUUUCCCAUUAACGAGAGGUUAUACAUGUUCGCAUAUUAGCUUGUUUGCACCCUCUACCUAUUUAUGUAUGAAUCAUUUGUAAUGAGAGUGUGUGCUGAGAUUGUGUGGGGGAUUUUUUGUUGUUUUCUUUUUUUUUUUUUUAAUUGGGGUUUGUUUUUGUGUGUGUGGGGGGAAGGCUGUAUGCACUUCAUUGACUGCAGUUUUCAUUGGGAUUUCAUCCAUCAGUUUGUCUGUACACAAAUAUGAAGAAUGAUCUGAAGUACCUGUGCUGUAUUUAUGUUUAUCCACGUCUUAACUUUGAUUAAAUAAAAUUUAAAAAAAUCUGAGCCCCUGUGGCUGUCACUGGCAUAUAUAA